CGCUAAUAAUAACGACCUCGAUUGGUUUACCCUUAUUUAUUCAAAUAAAUCCACUCUCAGAUUUUAGCAUUCGGAAAAGUUUGAGUCGGGGAUCUUACUAGAGAAUAGACUGAAAUUGUCGAAAUGUGACUUUUUUUGGUCUUUUCGAAUUUAUUGGAGUCACUAUUUACUUACGUCUUAGAGAAAUUCCCAAAAAGACUCACAAAUUAUAUUGAAAGUAUUUAAUGUAACAUUUUAACGGUAGACCUGGCAAGCCUGCUGACCGGAAUCCGGAUAUACCCGAGCUAUUCAGGCGGGAGAUUUGAUUCGUCAAUCUUCUUCUUCUUUAUCUUUGGCACAGCUCCUUUAUGACUAUUUGCCAACAUGAUACAGCUAAACAACAUAAUCGAACUGUUUUUCUUUAUCAGUUUGCUAUUUAGUGCUUCUAAUAUUUUUUAUUUAACGGUAUCAACCCAACCUUGAUGCUCUUUUCAAAGGCACCGGAAAUCAUUUAAGGGCUCAGAUGAUGACAGAAAGUGAUGUUGUUUUGGUAACCGGAUUCGGCCCGUUUGGCGAACAUGCAGUGAACGCCAGUUGGGAGGCUGUGUCCCUUUUGCCGGGCACAAUCGCUGGAUGUACCAUUGUCAAACAAGAAAUUCCCGUAUUGUAUAGGCAAGUCGAGGAAAUCGUGCCUCGCCUCUGGCAUCGGUACAACCCUAAGCUUGUUGUGCACGUUGGCGUGUCUUCGGCAACUAGGGAAAUUCAGAUUGAAACUUGCGCCAAUAAGAAGGGCUACAAACGAGCUGAUAUUGAGGACACUUGUCCAGCAAAUGGACAAGUUUGUUACGGACAGGCCGACACUAUCCAGACCAGCCUAUGCGCUAGGACAAUAUGCGAGAGACUUAAUCAGGACUCGACCUGGAAAGCGUCCAUUUCCAAUGACCCGGGACGGUACUUGUGCGAGUUUAUCUAUUAUGUAUCGCUGAGCCACAACAAUCAGCGAACACUGUUCGUUCAUGUUCCACCCCUCAACGAACCCUUCAGCAAAAGUCAGCUUGCCAGGGCCUUAGAGGAGAUUGUAAAAUGUGCGUUGGAACUAAUUGGCGAUACUGAAGAACACAGUGCACACUUUGCUAAUGAUAGUGUUCGGAUAUACAAAAAUGGUCGAGCUGCAGCUGCCUUUUAGCUCAAAACUCUUGCGCAAUCAUCUUAUUGGGUUUCCAGAAACGCUCGUCUGUGUGUUCAUAGUGAUGAUAAAUAUUUCGAUAGCAAUAUUGAUAAACACUACCUUGUACGCCUUGAUGUCAAGAACUCGUUGGUUAAGUGUUGUAUUGUCACAACCACAGAUCACAGAGUAAUCCUCUGUUCCCACUUAACGUGUUCUGUCUUUAUCUAUGGUUCAUAUCUUGACAAGGAAAGAAAGUCAACAUAUCUAAUCUGCCCCACAGACUAUUCACUAUUCUCUAUUUUGCGAUCUGUGGUUAGUGGAUUUGAAAACACGAAUGGCUCAUCGAGCGAAAGGGUUUUACUAAGUAAUCAGCUUUAUACAGCCCAAAGCUCUAGCAUACCAACUCUAGGCAGAUAGCAUUUCCUAAACCUCAUCCAUUACAAAAACGAACAUCACGAACAAUAUUUUCAAUUCAAACAGUAUUUGAAUCGUGUAAAAAUUCUACAUUAUAUGUUUGAAUUGCAAUGUUAUUUUGUGCAAAGCACAGAUUAUCAAACUUUCCUAAGACAAGUCCAAAUGUAUUAAUUGGCGGUACCGUUUUUCAUAUAGACACUCAGACAGAUGGUUUACUUUGAAUAUAUGUUAAACUCGAACUAGAUAUAAGAUUUUUAUGUUCAUAGUGCCUGCGAAUUCCUAUUUUGAGCGGAUCGGAGAAUUAAAACAGUAAAAUCUCAAGCAGUAAAUAAAUUUCUAUGAACAGUU